UUACUAACAUUACACAUAAUUUGUUGUCAUUUGUUGUUUUAUCUAUUUAUUACAGCUACUUCUAACCACUACGGCCUUAAUAUGGAUAAACUAGGAUGUAUCGAUAAUAUUGGUGUUGAUGAUCCUGGUGUAAGUACAGAAUUACCUGCAAUUAAUAUAUCAAAUAAAGUUGUUCAAAUACCCACAACUUCCUCUUCACAAACUAAUGAUUUUUGUAUAACCGAAGAUUAUGAUCCUUCAGAUUACAUAACUGAUGAUGAAAAAAUCGAAAAUAACGGAGUUGUGAUAAAUAGUUACUUGGAGGAUUUUCUUCAAAGAGAAGAUGAAUUAAGAAGGUUGAUGAGUUUGAAUAAUUUUAAUCAAAUUAUGAAGAAUGAAGUGCAAUCUGAUGAAAAAGGAGAGACAAACGUUUUGAGUAAAGAAGAUGUGGCGAUUUUAAGCGAUUUGGAAACAAAGCUGUAUGAUAUCCAAAAGCGUUAUAACGAUCUAUUGAAUAUAAACUCCGCCGAGUCAGAAUCUGAGGAAAAUGAAGAGGAAGAUAAGGUUGAGGAGGAUAUGUUAGAGUUUGAAGAAGCUCGUAAAAAACUUCGAGAUAUCGAUAAAUGUUUAGAAAAUAUCAAUAACGAAAAGUUAAAUGAAAAACCUGAAAAAUAUUUAAAAUCUUUUCCAACAGAGGACACAAAAUUCAUUGAGAAAGAAUACCUUAACAGCUUAAACGAAAUGACGAAACAGCUGGACAGUUUAACAUGUGAUGAAUUAGAAGUAUUUUUAGAUGAGGGGUUAUUGGCGUGCGAUAACAUUUUGGAGUUGAAUUGAAAUUGCAUUAUUCACAAGCCAUAAUUAAAUUUUAUAAUACAAUUUGUUUACACUUUUUUACACAACGAUUUUUGAAUA